AUCUCUCAACCACCGAAAAAUAAUACAAAUGUCAAGACUUGCUGGACGUGUCGUAUUCCCAGGAGAAGCCGAGCCGCAAUCCAGCUCUACAAACUCUCGUGCUCCUGAAUCUUCAAGCAGCAGUCAAGAGACCCGACAACAAAAUUUGGCCAACAGGUUCAAGCCUUCCAACAACUACCGUUCCAAUCGUAAUCAAGUUGAAGACGGAGAGACUACAAACUCCAAUCGAGGAAAGCCACGUGGAAAAGGUCCAAUCAGAUACCAAGGGAACUACAGUGAUCGAUUUGUUGGAAGACAGGAGGAGGCUCCAAGAGCAGAAAAAUCUGAGAGAUCCGAACGACCUCAAAGAUCAGAAAAACCUCAAGAUCAAAAUCAGAGAGAGCAAGUGAAGCCUCAGAGAAAACAAACCAAAAGAGUUGAGAAUGUAGUUGCAAGUGAGGAACUUCUUGAAUUGGAAGAUAUCAUUGAUCAAAUCAGUGAUCUCAAUGUUCGAAAUGAUAGAUCAGCUGCACAGAUUAAACGAAACAUUCUUGGAAGCCACGAUUUGAUUGACACAAUGGAUGAAGAUGACUGGCAAAAAGUGUGUGAAUCAAUGAUCAAAACUGCUUUGGAGCAAGGCGAGCCCGAGUUCAUUGCGGAUUUGAUGGUGGCGUUGUUCAGUAACAAAUUGUUUGCUGCCGUGAUGUCUGAUGAAUUGAUGAAGUACGUCACAAAGUACAUCAUGGAAGACGAUGAAAUGCCAAUUCCUUCUCUUCUUUCUGCAAUUCUUUGUGCUCACUGGCCCCGUCAAUUGGCAAAAGCAUUUGAUAACAUCAAUCCAAUUUUGUACACAAUUGUUUGUCUUAUCAAAGGAUGGAUUGAAGUUGUCAGAGAGGAUACGGAGAGAUACUACAAAGAAGAGAAGAAGCCAAAGUACCAAGUAGCUCGUGAGGAUUCAUUUGAAGAGCCAACUCCAGAACCAAGCAAAGAAGAAGAAGAGAAAAUCAUUGAAGAACCAGAAAUGGUGAACCGAUGUGCAGUUGGACUAUCCGAUCUUUGUGAUACUGCUCAACGUCAGCUCUGGGUCAACUGGAUGACUGUCACAGAUGAGAUUUAUCAAUGUAUUAAGCCAUCGAUCACUCAUAAUCCAAAUAUCACUGGAUCUGUGAAGGGUCGUCUUUUGGAUACUUUCCUUCAGAUGAAUCAAUGGACAAAGAAUCGGACAGCUUCUGUCAAGCACGCAGUAACUCAGACUGUUGGAACUUCUAAUUAGUUUAUGCUUUAAUCGAUGUUUUGUGUUUCUUUAAAUUUUGAAUUUUUGGUAUAAUUCAUAUCUUCUAUCUUUUGUUCUUCUAAGUUCUUUUAAAAUUUGAUCUAUAGAAUCUAUAUACACAUUCUUCAUUUCUUACCUAUCUACUCUAAUAACCUAACCCUUUAACUGACGUCCCUUUUGUUCAAUAUACUUUUGAUUUUUGACCUGCACUAAAUUUUACCGUUCAUGUAAUAAUGACAUCAUCCCCCUGUGCCAAUGAUUUCAUGUCAUUUUUUGUAAUAUCCCUCAUUCCAAAAACCGAUCUGUUAUAAUAAUAAAGUGUCAUUUUU